UUCGAAACAUUAGUACGGCAUCACUCCUAUCAAAUUUUACCUUGGUUAAUGUCAAUAUUUCGUGACCUGAAUGAAGGGGAGUUUGUUUUCGAAUAUGCGCUCGACUCCACUCUCGACCAAGUUGAUCUUGUUCCGCGCGUGAACGUUGCUCGAGUUGGAGUCGAAAUUCAUGGGCUGGAUGGCUGGAUGCACGCACCACUCGUUGGUACGCUACCCUACUCGUCGAGUUCGGUGACAAAGAGAUCACGGGGAUGGCAUUUCUGUCGUGGCCUCCUCUUGCUCCAUCCUCCCACCUACGUAGUAGGUCCGUUGCCGGGCAACCUCGGUCGGUCAGCGGACGGACCUGCUGCCUCCCUCUUCAGAUAUCCCAAACCUGAACAUUGGAUCGGGGCGAAGGAGCAUCAGACGGCCUGCUUGACUGAUUUAUCCCGUGCAGUUCGCUCUAUCGUCCUUCAUUAGCAGCAAGUGCUCCAUCAGCCCGAAAAGCCAUCGUCUUCAUCAGCAUCAGCACCAGCAUCAGCAUGAUCUCGCUGAAUACGAAUCGCAGCCUGAUCCUGGAUGGCUUGGCCAUUCUCUUUGGGAUCAGCUCUUGGAUCAGUAUCAAUGGCCUUUGGGUGGAGUUGCCGCUGUUGGUGGAUCAACUCCCCGAGAGUUGGGCCCUGGCCUCGUAUCUGUCCAUCAUCAUUCAGAUUGCCAAUUUGGGACCCAUUUGCUACGGCAUUUAUCGCUAUGCAUAUCCACACAAGAACCUCGAGCGGUACAUCAUUGUGGGCCUACUUUUGGUGGGCGUGGCUGCCUCGUUGUGUUUGAUCUUGUUCUGGGACAGGACCACGAUCCUAGCGGGUCAGGAACAUUCGACCGCGCUCUUCGUGUUAGUGUUCGCUCUGUCCAUGGUGGAUUGUACGAGCUCAGUGCUUUUCUUGCCGUUCAUGGCCACAUUUAGAUCCAUCUACCUAAACUCUUACCUCAUCGGCGAGGGCAUGAGCGGGUUUCUGCCCGCCGUUAUUGCCCUCAUGCAAGGCGUGGGCGGGAAUCCGUACUGCGCUAAUGUCACCGACUCCGUUCUGGAUGCCGAUGGCAAUUCUUUCGUGGAUUACAAGGAAGUGGCCGUGUAUCCGGAUCCAAGGUUCUCUGUGGAAGUGUUCUUCGUCAUUCUCAUGGUCAUGGUGAUAGUGAGUGCCGUGGCCUUUAUUCUCAUGAAUGUGGUGCCAUCGGUCAGAAGCGAGCUCGUGACAGAUCAGAAUUAUAUUGCUCCCACCGAGGAGGCAGGCUCGUACGACCAGGUCACGCCCUCCGGCUCCGGGGUGAAAGAUAGUCAAUCCACGGAGGCCCCCGUGUCAUUUCCGUCUUUGGAUAGCGAAAACUCCGAUUGGAAAGCUCGGAACAAAUUCUACGGCUUCCUCGCGCUCCAAGCAUACCUAUGUUUCAUCAGUAAUGGGGCCUUCCCGUCCAUACAGACCUAUUCCUGUCUACCCUUUGGUAACGUGGUCUACCAUCUGUCCGUCACUCUCAAUGCUAUGGCCAAUCCUGUGAUGGCCUUCAUGGCCUUCUUCUGCCCAUGCCGAAGUUCAAAGCUGUUAUUGGGGUUGACGGCAGCGGGGACGCUCUUCUCAGGAUUCAUUCUGGCCACUUCGCUAGAAAGCCCUAACCAACUUUGGGGUCCGGAUGUGGGCGGGGCACUCACGGUAUUAUCCUGGGUCAUCUAUGGUGGAUUGUUCUCAUACGUGAAAGUCUCGAUUGCGGGUUGGUGCUGGGAACACUCAAGAACGGCCUUGUUUUGGUGUGGAGCGUGGACGCAAAUUGGUUCCGCAUUUGGUGCGGCCCUCUCCUACGUUUUGGUCAACGAGUUGAACGUGUUCCAUCAGUACUACAUCAAAUGCGAGUCAUAGGGUCUUCAGAAACCCGGCUCAGUGGGAUCGCUUCCAAUCAUGAAUUUGUAUGUACAUCCAUGGAGUUGCUUAUCAGGCCAAAGAGAGAAAGUAGCCAUACUUUGUUGUUUGUACAUUCUGUACACAAUCCUUAUUAAUAGUGUUUAGUCGUCCAGAAAAUGGCACAAAUCGCCAUCAAACACGAGAAUAAAAGAGAUAAUCUAUGUCUUGAAA